UCGACACAGCUUCGUCAAUUCGAUCUUCCGCUGCUUACUUCUGUUUACGAAAGCACAGCGCUUCAGCACAAAAGCAAUUCAUCAAGAUGUCUAUCGACGACCAAAUGAUUGAUUUCGGACGAAUGACUCCAAUAUGUUGUGCUGCCAACAUACCAUCUGAUGUCAAAGACCGUUUCAUCGAAGCCAAUCAAAACUACAAGAACCAGAUGAUCUGCUAUAUGGCUUUCAUCGACGAUCUCACGGCGACAUAUUCUGAUGAAUCCGAGAUCGGGGACGACCUUGGCACGAGUCAAGCACCUUUCAAAGACAAGACAGCCCAAGAAUGCCUUGAGCUGCUGCGCAAACUGCGUAUAGAGAACGAGUCCGAUAUUCGCUGUUCCCUUUUCAUCGUCAUGGAUGAGAGGACACUUCAGGACGAUACGGUGUUGCUGGUGCAAGCACCGUUCCUGGGGGAGGAGGGUGAGAUCAAGACUGUGCGUGCAGAAUUUCAGGUUGCGUACAGCCAGUUGAUGUGCUAUGAGAUGGCUUAUGAGAGCGAUAAUAUCGAGGCAGACCAAGCCGCGGCGCAAGCAACAGAGGAUGGAGUCCUCAGAGAGGCUGCGCUCAAAGAACGUAGGCAAGGGUGAGAUCCUAGAGUGGAGCAUUAUUUCCAUCACUCGCACGCCAUUCGUAUGCUCGAAGCCUCCACAGGCUAUGUAUCUGUCUCAUCGCUAGAGGCCGAAAUUCACUAGUGACAAGACCUUUCACAAGGUCAUAUUUCCGGGUCUGAACGGCUCGCUCUUCUCAUCUCCAAAGAGCUCCCGCAC